AUGCGUACCCCAAAUCCAGGAGAUGCUCCAGUGUCGCAUGGGCUUACGCGCGCACACAUUCAAGUCUGGAAAAACACCAUCUACGAUAUCAAACAAAGGAUACCCUUUGCAGAACGCUGGCCAUGCAUGUACUGUCAUAGCUUCAUCGACAUGGAAAGCCUGGAGCAUCGCUCGCGCUUCAAGUGUCAGAACGCCGAAUGUGUGGGAAAAGGCAAGUGGCAGGUGACCUGCUUCUGGGAUGUCAAGCCACAGAAGAGAGGCAGCGAUGAUCUUUCCGUAUCCACAGGCUGA